UAGCGGUCAAUAGCUGAAAACACUAACUGUCAUUUUCAGAAGGAAAUUGUAAAUCUCAAAACAAAUUAUGCUGCAACGAACUGUUUCAUAAAUGUAUUAUAACAAUUGAUCCUUUUUAUGCCAAUAUCCUAGACUGUAACCGGUAGUUGGGUGUAUAAACAAGUUGAGAGGAACUUUUGGUCAUGUGAAAAAAUUAGAAUGACAGAUGUCUAAGUGACGUGUCUCUCUGUGUUUAUUCAUCCAAAAUCAACUUAUUUAAGGAUUUUUAUAGUAGCAUUUAACUAAAUUAUUAAUAUGAAUUACAACGCGAAUACAGGAAACCGGCCAGCCCAUAUCCGGAAAGUUAAAAGAGUCAGUGACGUAAAUGCAAUGGGGUACACACCUUACGAUCCCACACAAGGAAUGCAGAGCAAUUUGUACCCAAAUUUGGGGCCUGAAAGCCCUGCCCCAAACCCGUAUCAACAAAAUUUUGCUAACCAGUCAUUUAAUUCAAGUCAAAAUUAUGGAGUGCCGCCAAGUAACCCUCAAAUGUAUGGUUUUAAUCCCGCUCCACCUUACCCAAAUGCACAGCCCCCACCCAAUCCGCAAUUUGGGGGUGUUUUUGGGCAGCCAAUUGUCCAAGACAUGGCUUUGCAGUAUGGGCAACAGUUGGCAAAUACAGGAAAGUCAAUGAUAAAACAAGAAGUAGAAAAGUACGUUCCCGUAAAUAGCUUGAAAUACUACUUUGCGGUUGACACAAAGUAUGUGUUGUCAAAGUUGAUGUUACUGUUCUUCCCUUUUACACACAAGGAUUGGUCUGUUAAGUAUGAACAAGAUGGUCCAGUCCAACCUAGAUUUGAGAUAAAUGCUCCAGAUUUAUAUAUUCCAACAAUGGCUUAUGUAACUUACGUUUUAGUGGCGGGGAUGGUUUUAGGCAUGCAACAAAAAUUUACUCCUGAGCAAAUUGGGAUUUUAGCUUCAUCAGCUUUAGCUUGGUUUGUUGUUGAAUUGGCUUUGUACAGUUGCACUCUUUACAUUGCCAAUAUCAAAACAACACUUCGAACACUCGACUUGUUAGCUUUCAGUGGUUAUAAAUUUGUGGGGAUUAUUAUUAGUAUUUUACUAAGCUUAAUAGGAGCAAAAACGGCUUACUAUUGUUGUUUGGUAUACGUGAAUUUUGCAUUAGCAUUUUUCUUGGUAAGAACAUUGAAAGCACAAGUACUUGUUGAAAGUAAUACUCAACCCACAAGUUACUAUGGGGAUGUUGUCCCACCUACAGGCAAUAAGCGGAGGUUAUACUUUUUGUUGUUUGUGGCAGCAGUACAGCCAGUGCUUUCUUGGUGGUUGUCAUUUCAUUUAAUUGGUAGUCCAAGCCCUGAAAAAACCGUAACUGAGUGAAUUUAACUACUUGCUAAUUUCUUAUAUUUGAGCAUCUUUAAUCUAUUUUUUAUGUUAACAGUGAGUUUAUUUGAUAAAAUACAUUAUUUUUAUGCUA